AUGGCCCCCGUACCCGCCUCAAUCCUCCGGGCUCUCUCCAUCACGGACCCCGCCAAAGCCAGCCUCUCCACCUCCGGCCUCGGCUCGGGCUUCACCAGCACCGGCGCCAUCCGCGCCACAGUCCCCGGCCCCGACGGCCGCGACGAAGAACGGCGGUACUUCGUCAAGACCUCCGCCGACGGCGCCUCGGCCGCGGCGAUGUUCCGGGGGGAGUACGAGUCCCUGAACGCCAUCGCGUCCAGCGUGCCGGGCUUCUGUCCACGGGCACUAGCGUGGGGAAGCCUGGACGAUGAUGAUGAUGAUGAUGAUGAUGAUGACGAACCACCCAGCUCCCCCAAGAAGAAAAGCUACUACCUCCUGACCGAAUACCUCGAACUCGGCGGCAGCGGCCGGCGCGCGAGUGACUCUUCUCCGUCGUCCCUCGCGCACCGACUCGCCCAACUCCACUCCACGCCCGCCCCACCGGACCCGACAACCGGGCGGCGACGGUUCGGCUUCCCCGUGCCGACGUUCUGCGGGGACACGAAGCAGCCGAAUCGGUUCUGCGAGGACUGGGCGCAGUUCUACGCGGAUGAGCGGCUGCGCGCGGUCCUCGAGCGCUCGGAGCGGCGGAAUGGCCGCGACGGCGGGUUGCGGGCGUUGGUGGAGCGGACGGCCGGGACGGUCGUGCCUCGGCUGUUGGGGAAGGGGCAUUUGGGGUGUGAUGCUGCUGCUGGAAAGGGGGAGGGCAUCGUGCCCGUGGUGGUGCAUGGGGAUCUGUGGAGUGGGAAUGCGGGGCGGGGGCGGAUUGUGGGUGGAGCUGAUACAGAGGCUGAUGGGGCCAAGGUCGGGGAUGUGGUCUAUGAUCCCUCGGCGUGCUAUGCGCACAGCGAGUUCGAGCUGGGGAUCAUGCGGAUGUUUGGGGGGUUUGGCAGCGCGUUCUUUGAGGAAUACCAUCGGUUGGUGCCGAGGACGAAGCCGGUCGAGGAGUAUGAGGAUCGCGUGAGGCUGUAUGAGUUGUAUCAUCAUCUGAAUCAUCAUGCGAUCUUUGGGGCGGGGUAUCGGUCGGGGGCUGUGUCGAUUAUGGAGAAGUUGCUGAAGAAGUAUGGUUGA